AUGCCUUCUCGACGGUCCGGCCGCGCCGCGGCAAAGCGCGCCCAACAAGCACUGGAGAGCACGCCUAAAACCUUCGAGGGCAUCGACGAUGAGGAUGAGCCCAUGCCUGAUGCUGCCGAGCAAGAGGAUGCGGAAGCAAAGGAUGACGCCGACGAGGAUGGCGACAAGGACGAUGGAUCUGUCGUCGAGGAAGAAGCAGUAGAAGAGGACGAGGAGGAAUCAGCGAAAUCACCCACGCCUCCUCCCGAGCCCGUUGUCCGCCGGCGACGCCUGGGUCGACCCCCCAAGAACCGCCCUCCGGACUGGGACCAGUUGCCCAUCGAGCCACCGAAUCCCGAUGCUACGCCCCGGCGCCGUGGACGUGGAGGAUGGCGCGGCCGCGGCGGCCGCAAGGGCCAGCAGCAACAACCGCAGCAGCAGGCAGUUGAGGUUGAUGGCGUGUUCUACAACAUCGUGGAUGACGAGCUGGAUCUUCCAGAGGAUCCUGAGGGUGAGGAGAAGGUUGACAAGUUGGGCAACCUCAAGGGCGGUCGCGAGUAUCGGUGCCGUACCUUCACCGUCUUGGGGCGCGGCGAGCGGCUCUAUAUGCUUUCCACUGAGCCAGCGCGCUGUGUGGGCUUCCGCGACUCAUACCUCUUCUUCACAAAGCACAAACGGCUCCACAAGAUUAUCGUUAAUGAUGAAGAGAAGCGCGACAUGAUUGAGCGGGACAUCAUCCCCCACAGCUACAAGGGUCGUUCGAUCGGUAUCGUCACGGCGCGGUCCGUCUUCCGAGAAUUCGGUGCUCAGAUCAUCGUUGGCGGCCGUCGCAUCAUCGACGACUAUGAGGUGGCCAAGGCGCGCGCUGAUGGAGUGGUGGAGGGCGAGCUUGCCGACCCCAACGAUAUCUUUGACCCUGACAAGCCGUACAAUAAGAACCAAUAUGUCGCCUGGCAUGGUGCCAGUUCGGUAUACCACUCUGGUGGUCCAUCUGUGCCCCAGCAGAAUGUCAAAGCCGAUACAAAGAAGCGCCGGGUUGCUGUCAAUGAUGUCAAUUGGCAAUUGGAGCAUGCCCGCGAAGCCAGCCAUUUCAACAGCGUUCUCUCGGCAGUCCGCCGUCAGAACCUCAACGGUGUUUAUGACAUCCACACAAACACAAUGUUUUAUCCGCGCACCAUGCAGCCAACACAUGCCCGCAUUGUUCAAGUCAACGACUCCGAGGUAUCGCCUGAUGCUCAUAAGUCCAAGGUUUUCCCACCUCUCAAGCCUUCCAUUUCCCGUAAUUUCCUCGUUCUGGACACCCACCUCGAGACUCCUCCCGCUGGUAUCUCCCCUGCUGCUUACGACGUACCCUUCCGUACAUCCCGCGCCGACUACGAGAACUGGCUUGCGACCGAUUUCACAGCGCCUUUCAAGGGCCUCAUGGCUGUGUCGGACGAGAUUCGCGACCUGCUGCCCCCAGAGUGUCGUGCUGCGUUUGAUCGCGCAAGAGAGCAGGAAGAGAACUGGUUCGCCAAGUGGGGGGAUGAGAAGGAUUGCACCUCGCGUAGGGAACCCAUCAUCGAUAAGGCGAUUGUGCCAUAUUCGAUGACUCUUGGUUGA